AUGGAUAGAAAACCCGGCGUGGACUACAGCGUCCUGCGCCCCCUAAACGGACCGGACUCUGCAAGCCAUUCCACACUGGAACUACUCAACGUUCAGUCACUCACAAACAAAGCCGGACUCAUCACAGACAAACAAAUUGACAUUCUCUGCCAUACAGAGACCUGGCAACAGCCUGAGGUCUACUCUGCCCUCAAUGAGGCCUGUCCCCCUGGGUACAGCUACCUCAGCAAGGCCCGGACUACAGGUCGGGGGGGGUGGCCUCGCUGUUUUUCACCGCAGCACCAUUCAAACCUCUCCACUGUCUGCCCCACCCUUCAACACUUUUGAACAUCUGGUUUUUAAUUGCAAACACAUCACAUCGCAUAACACCACCUCUGCAACCAUAGCACUCAUUUAUCGCCCCCCCAAACCACAUCCAUUAUUCCUCUCUGAAAUUCAUGACUUUCUCAUCUCACUUUGCACCUCACACUCAAACGUUCUGGUUCUGGGGGACUUCAACAUCAACAUGGACUCACUCUCCUGCAAACUGGCUGCUGAAUUUAAACAGGUUCUGGACUGCCUCAAUCUCCAUCAAUCCGUUGUUGGACCCACCCACACAAAGGGCCACACACUGGACCUGGUCAUCACAGAUUCCAUCCACAUCUCAGACCUUCACGUCCAGAACAUUGGCAUCUCAGACCAUUAUGCAGUCACCUUCAGGACCCCUCUACCCUCCCCCCUCACCAAACCCCAGCGCCUUAUAGCAUUCAGAAAUUUCAAGAACAUUGACUCCACCUCCCUCAGUCAGCAUCUCCAGCUCCUCUCUCCUCCUCCAAACACAUCACUUACUGAUCUCAUGGACUACUACAACCACAAUCUUCACUCUAUCCUUGACUUUCAUGCUCCUCUGAAAACCAGGACAGUCACCUUCACCCGUUCCGCCCCCUGGUUCACAGAGGAGCUGAGACGACUAAAAAGGACUGGCCGAGUCCUGGAGCGGGCCUAUGUCACAUCUGGGCUGACGGUGCAUAAGUUGGCCUACCAGGAACACCGUCGGAGAUAUGCCAAUGAACCUUCCAAGGCCAGGUCAGCACACUACUCCAACAUCAUUAACAAUAACCCAGGUAACUCCAAACAACUCUUCACCACAGUUAAACACCUUCUCAAACCUCAGACCUCACCACACCAUAACCAAACAGUCACCCAGUGCAACGAAUUCAUGGAUUUUUUUACCUCAAAAAUACACCAUAUCCGUGCAUCUCUCUCCUCCGCCAACAGUUCUAUCCCGUCAAGUGACAUUGCUCCCACCACACAACACCUGUCUCAAUUCACCCCCACAGUGCAGCAGGAGGUUGAAAAAAUAA